AGUGUGUGUCUGUGUGUGUGUGUGAGAGAGAGAGAUAGGGAGAGGGAAAGAGAAGUUCAGUCCUGAUCAUUGGGACCCUCAGGACCACACCAGUAUUUUUAAUCUGACAUUCGCUUACUUAAAUUAGGCUAUUUAGAGUCUUAAUAUGGAACAGUUCAUGUAAACACACCUAUUUUCCUACGAGAAAUGUUUUAAAAAGCAAAAUAGCAAUAGUUAACGUGAGCAUUUUGAACGAACACUCUUCAGCUGUAAGGAUUUCAAUUGCACUGGAUGUUAUGGAUUUGCUAUUUCUGCACACUGGACAUUUAUUUUGUGUGGAAGCUACGUCGACGACAUAGUUGUGGGAUUUCCUUCUGACUGAAGGCGAUUAAUUUCGGAAGUUUUUUCGGUUUCAAUGAGUCCUGGCGUCCAGCAGUGGACGAUGCUUCAAGUUCUCGGCGGAUUUCAGAUAGAGUGAAACUGACGGAUAGGCGUCGGGAUUUGAAGGAGUCAUUCCUCUCCUAAAACACCCCUCGGGGAUUCUCGCCUCUUCCUCUGAAGACCUGUUUCCCAUCCAUCAGCGAGCACAAAGACUGGAACUGAAAAUAGCCUCCUGUAGUUUUGUCGAUAUCACACUCAGGAUGCAAACCGUUUCAACGGUCACCGGUCUCAGUUUCUAAUCGCAAACCAACUUAACGUUUCACGAGCCUGAGAGACGUGGAAGCACUACAAAUUAAGAAUGAAGAAACUCGUAAAAGUCUGAAAACACUUGAGGGGGUGAAAAUAAUUCUUGAGAAAAACAGAGGUGGAUUACAGCAGCCAUGGCGGCCAUAGCAACAGUGCCCAACUACACCCCCUCAGUAUGGGUACGGUUAUGCCAUGCCAUCCCUCGCCUGAGCUUAACCAUGCAGAUGCGAGACAGCGUGUUCACUCCAGACAGCUGGGAGUACCAGCAGACUCUGCUUGUGUUGUCCAGCUUCUCGGCCAUCGCUCUUGUACUCUCGCUGCUGGUGAUUCUGUGUUUCCUCAUCCACUACUGCUGCUGCCAUCGGGGCGAAUCAGGCAGAGAUGCAGAGGAGGAAGAAGAAGAUGAUGAUGCCAGCGGUGGCCAUGGUUACAGUGGCAAAAAGGGGCGGGGCAUCUGCUGUGUCACAUGGGUGUCGGUUGCAGCCGUCACAUUGUGUUGUGUUGCCAUAGGCGUUGGUUUCUACGGCAAUAGUGAGGCGAACGAUGGGAUGUAUCAGUUGACCUCAUCCUUGCUCACUGCCAAUUACACACUGGCGUCCAUCGAUCUUCUGGUUUCAGACACUAUUUCCGGACUCCAGCGGUCAGUCUCAGGGCCCUUGACCUCUAUGGAGGAUGUGUUUGGAGGACACAAGCCAGCGCUGGUGCCCACACGCUCUUGCAGGCGUCUGUCAGAGCGGGUCGUGUCUCUGCUCUCCAACCUGACACUGGGAAGAGGCCUGAUCCCCAUCGCAGAUGGCUUUUACAGGACAAACGGAAGUGAAAGUAUAGUGGGAGCCCUAACUCCUGCUCCACCUUCUGUAGCGCCAACCCUCAGUCCAUCCGCCAACAGCAUUCCUGCACCAUUCUCUCCUGGAUGGGCGGCAAACACCCUCAUGGUGAAUGAAGACUACAGGUGGCUGUCAUAUGUGCUGCUGCUUUUGGUGGAUCUGGUGGUAUGUUUCUUCAUUCUCCUGGGUUUAGCCAAACAGUCCCGCUGGCUACUUAUUCUGAUGACAGUGCUGGCCUGGUUGUCUCUGUUUAUGAGCUGGGGUUCUCUGGGUCUGGAAACACCCACUGUGGUGGCCCUGAGUGAUUUUUGCUUUGACCCAAACACAUUUGUGCUCAACUCCACUCACUUCAACUCUGGGACAAGCCCAGAAGUCCUGGAUUAUUACCUAACCUGCAGCAGGAAGAUGAGCAGCCCUUUCCAACAGAUACUGACCCAGUCCCAGAGAGCACUUUCCAGCAUCCACUCUCAUCUUUCCAGCCUGGAGAGAGAUGCUCUUCCACGCUUCCCAAAAGCAGAGAGGUCACUCAGGGAGGUUCAGCAGAUCCUCAACACCACCGAGGGAAACUUCCAUCAGCUGGUUGCUCUUCUCAACUGUCGAGGCCUGAACAAGGAUUACGUGGACUCUCUGAAAGGCCUGUGCUAUGAUGGGAUGGAGGGGCUGCUCUAUCUGUCUCUCUACUCUUUUCUCUCCGCUUUGGCCUUCACUGCUAUUCUUUGCUCCCUCCCUGGAGCCUGGAGGAGCUUCCACAGUGAUUCAGACGAUUAUGAAGACUCGGACAGUGAAAGCGAGGACCCCUUCACUUCUCAUCAGGCACGUAGACAGACGGCCACGGGUUCCCAGCGAGGGGCUUUGCCCCCCUUCUAUAGUUACCAGGGGGCCGCCUGGACUCCCCCCUUUUCUAGCGCACCUCCAUUACCGACUCCAAACGUUUCCUCCAAUGGCAACCCUGGUUAUGAGAACCUGCCUUUGAGUGACAGACAGUCCCCACCCCCCUCUUACUCUCCCAGCAUGCUGACUGGCUACGGCGGCAGUCAAUCACACUCCAACCCCUCCCAUUCAAGAAACUUGUACUCGCACUAAUUAUUUUUCUGUAUAAUAGAAAAGAAAGCUAUAUAGCCAGGUUUAGUUUUCAUAUGGAUGGACACUUUAUGAGACGGGAGACUAAUUUAAAACAUUACGUGUUAAAUAUCCGUGCGUAGCGUCAGUACCAUUGAGUCAUUUGGGUGUAACAGACUUACGAAAACCCCGUCACUUCCUCUCCCUCUAGUGUCAAUCUGUACAUAGCUGGUGGAAACAAGAUGGUAUUGACGUUACAGUAGUGCUCUAUUUUUAAACGUAUAACCACUUUAUUUUGGAGUUUUGAUAUUGUUAUAUGUAGUCACAGAAACAUAGUGGCGAUGGCACAAUUUCUUUGUAUGAUUAUACAGUUUUCUCUUCACCUUUCUUUUUUAAAUAUUUGACAGAACCCUAUUUUAUAAGUGGCGAUGCUGUACUACCUUGUAUACCCUCUGGUAUGAUUAUUUAUAUAAAAAAUAUACGAAUAAUGUUUAUAUAUAUAUAUAUAUA